GAGUCCAGGGUGAGAGGCGCAUUGGGUUCACCCCUUAUUGCAGCUGUCACCCUGGACUCCAGGCAGUGAUGUCUAGGUUGCCAAUAUGAAGGUGACUCCACACUUAGGGUUUCUAAUUGUGGAGUCAAAAGAGGGGUAAUUCCACAAUUGGGAAUUUAAGGUUAUGUUGACACCUUGUACAAAAUGGAGUCUCUUUAGAGUGACGUGUCAACUUAACCUAAAAAUCUCUAUUGUGGGUACUUCCUUAGAGAAUGGGUUAUUUAGGAACCAUCAGAAGAAAUGCAAUGCCAUACUGCAUUAGUCGCCAAGGGGUCCUAUCAAAUGAUGAUAGGAAAUGGUGGCAGGAGGACGAUCAAGAGAUGAGGCCGAUGACGAGAACGUGAAGCUGGUCCAAGGAUGCCGCGCCAUCAACUUUCGGAAGAUGGGAUUUCUAAUCGGAAAUUCCUAAAGAUCUCAAAGACAAAAUAUGAUGGUACAUGAAAAAAGUGUCACAUUCUCCUAGCCUUCAGUGUGUGGGGGUAUAGAGGAGUGUGUGCUGUCAUCAUUCUGAUGGAAUCUCUUAUGGGCAGUUUCUAGUCCAUUUUGAGAAUUGGAAAAAUGGACAAAGAAGAGAAUAUAAUCCUAAAUCAGCAGGAUUGGAAAUGGAUCAUAGAAAUUUUAAAGGACAGACAGGACAAUACAAAGGAAGUGCCACCCCCUCCAGUUUUGGUGUUUUGAUAAAGGAUUUAUAUCAGCUGGUCCAGAUAAGGUUUUAAAGGACGAAAAGGAUCACAGCUUCGAGGAGGAUUACUGUUGGCGGAAUGAACCGACCAUCGAAAGCUGUGACCCAGGUGAAGAAAGUGGCACCACCGGCGGUCCCCGAUGUAUUCCGGCAUUCCGGCUCGUCCUUUGGUUCAGCAGGAUACGCGAGCAGUGAGGAUGGAUGCUUUUUGUCGAGCGGCACAGGAAGCGGAGGCGCUGGCGAUGACGGCUCCUAUGGGAUGCCAUCGGGAAAGAGUCCAGGGCCAAUUUUCACGCACCCUGGUUUCGCUUUCCCACCGAUCGUCGGCAAAUACGCCCACGCCGAGGAUCAAGGCAUCGACAUGACACAAAGCCCCGGAAGAGAUAGUCCUGGGAGUUCUGGUUCUGGAUCUGGUUCAAGGCACUCGACAGCGUCUCUUGAUUCUGGAAGAGCUUCUGGAUAUCAUUUAGGUCCCCGAGGACACGGCACACUCACAUCAUCACCAAGAUGUUCCAUUAGUUCACUUGGAAGUCAUCCCGACCGACCUGGAGAUCUCGAUGUUGUUCAUGCUUGGCUAACCGAGCUUCAAUUCGAGGAGUACUUUCCAUUAUUUGCUUCUGCUGGCUACGAUCUCGCUACUAUAACUCGAAUGACCCCCGAGGAUCUCACAGCUAUAGGUAUUAAGAAGCCGAACCAUAGGAAACGACUGAAGGCGGAAAUAGAUAAUUUAAAUAUAGGAGACGGUCUGCCAGAACAUGUUCCGGGUUCAUUGGAAGAGUGGCUGAGGUUAUUAAGACUCGAGGAAUAUCUUGGUGCUCUUCAUCAACAGGGUAUGCGUUCCGUUGAGGAUGUUACGACUCUCACGUGGGAGGAUCUCGAGGACAUUGGUAUCGUUCGACUUGGUCAUCAGAAGAAACUUCUUUUGGCGAUUAAACGAGUUAAGGAUAUUCGUGCCGGUAAACGAAUUCAACCGUUGGAUUUGGCUCGACUUCCACCACAUCCAGGACAAACGCAGGAUGUUGUCAUUCAACGUGGUGGUUCUGACUUGCCAUCGCCCGAUGAAGACUGCUCGUCGCCGGUAUUAAGAUCUUUCCAAAGAGCCGGCAACGAAAACAAUUCGAACGCAACGUGGAGGAGCAUGUAUGCCGCACUACCAGCUGGGCUGGAUUAUAAUACAGUUGGUCGGGGGAAUUCGCGAGGAAAGUCUCUCGAAAGUUUAGAAGACGCUCCUGUUACUUAUCCACCAUCACCCGCACCCGUGUCACAUCCUCAACCCGUCGAUUGGAGGCCGCGAAGUUAUGAAGACGGCGAUUUAACUCCAACCAACGAAGGCUCUAUCAUCGAAGUUGGAGGUGGAACUCUUCCCAGACCUAGACACUGUCUCGUUCGACCCCGACCCGUUGCCAAGGUUGUAGCAACACCGGGACAAUUUAAAUCACUGCCACGAGAUUUUGUUGAUAAUAAAUAUCAGCUGACGUACGGAUUGGAAAGUAGUCCUAACUUAUCGAAACGACGUCCUCCAUCACCGCCGAGACGACAGAGUUCCAGAGAUAUGGGAACAAAUGUUGGCGGUGGUAAUAAUGUAGGCGAUGUUGUGAUAGAUUGCAGUGGUCCCGUUCCAACUGCAACGUGCGAUGAUCAUCAUCUUCAUCACCAUCAUCAUCCGCCACCACCUGCACCAGCAGCGCCUCCAUCGACACCGCCGCAACUCAGUAGGCCGCCUUCCUCCAUGUCACGUUCCUGGGGAAGUGUCAGCGUCAGUGUCAAUGAAGAACACGAGCUCAUUGCCACUCUUGCCCUGCAGCAUCGUAAUGGAUCCGACGCUAGUUUCAAAUCGAGCUCUAGCACGGAAUCGGAUUCUCUGCCGUUCGCCAACGAGAAUGCCGGUACGAUAAAGCAGAGAGCGGCAAGGGCCCAGGAAUACGUUGGAAGUGCAGGCACAAUUGGAAAUAAUUUGGUGAAUCAUCAUACGAGUGGUGGAGAGCCUGCGGACGUUUUAAAUGAUAUCGGUAACAUGCUGACAAAUCUUACGAAUGAGCUGGACGCGAUGCUCGAGGAGGAAAAGCGCCAAGGCCUGAAUUCAUAAUCACCAUCUGCCUUCGUUCGCAUUUUUUGUAAUUUCAAGAAUGUUGCCAUAUAGAAUGACGAGAAUACCAGACUACAAAAAAAAAAUAAUUUUCUUUUUGAUCUUGUCGACGUAUUUUACAUUCCCGAAUCACAGUUGUAAUUGAGAUGAGGGGCUAAUGAAGAAUCUGGAGGAGUGGAUUAGGCACAAUUUCCCCCCCAAACUGAUACACAGAGCUUAUUGACUGACUUUUUGAGGGACAUGGAUCCCAUUUUUUUGAAACAAUACCGAAUUUUCAUUUCUAUUUUUUAUAGAAAGAAGAAGAAAAAAACUUUCAGUGCUAUUGCACAAUUAUUAGCAGAUUAGAAAACAAUUUUUUCUACUUUCAAUUUUUUUCACUCUAGAGAGUGAAAAUCACGUACUUAAAAAGUGAAUGAAGAGCCAAAUUCCUUGGAUAUAAGUCUUUUGUACCACAGACUUUUCUUCCUCAACUUCCUUGAAAAUACCUCCAAAUAACAGUUGUUGUUCGCAGUAAGUGCCCUUUUUCUAAAAUUUCUUUUCUACAAUUUAAUUAAAUAACUCUGCCUUUUUAGAAAUUGUUUGGAAUUUCAAAAUUUCUCUUUGUUUACAAUUGCAAACAAUUUUUAUUGUUUAAAUUUUUUUUCUAUUUGCUUAAGAUUGUUUUAGUUCACAAGUGUUUUUUUCAAUUAUUCCAAAUAUCCGAAACUUCCAAAGAAAAAAUUUCCAUACUUCGUGGACAUUUCGAUGUGUUUCCAACAUCCGUCCCCUAUAAGUUAACUUCAAUUAAUGUACUUUUUAAAAAAUGUCUCAAAUUUUCGUUGAAAGAAAACGAACUUUAGUUGAAAUUUGUUAAAACUUGAAAGAAAAAAAUAGUUGAAACAAUCGAGGCAAUAAGACUAGAAAAAUAUAUUACUGAAUGCCAAUUAAUAUUUUAUACAUACCAUUUAAAUCGACACUGACACUUUUUGCUAUUGGACAACAACAAAAAUUGCAGAUCGUCCGGAAUUCGUCGUUGCGCAUUUAAUCAAAAAAAAGCAAACAAAACGAGAGUGCAGAAUAACAGAGUAUUAUUAUAGAAAUAUAAUCGAACUGAGUUUCGUAAUUAUUUAAUAAUCGAACUGAGUUUCAGACGUUCUGCCCUGUCGUUAAAAUUCGAGAUGAAUCGCAUUUAACAGAAAAAGUUUUAGCACCACUCCUCAGAUUAAAAAAAAAAAAAGAGUUGCGUCUCAGCGAGAAGACAAAAACACAAAUUUCGUUUCAACUCUGAAAAAAAACGUAAACAUACACACACUACUUAAGAUAAACUUAUCGUAAGAUUAAUCGAUUAAAAAUUCAGCCCGAUCAUCUCGGACUGCGGACUUGUCUUGUUAACUAUUGUAGGUGUAUAGUUAUAUAUUAUAGAUACCAUGCGCUAGCAGUGAUUUUGAGAAACUCAUAUCACGACGAUACUAAAAAAAAAAUGGACCAGCUUUUUACUUUAUUCACUUAAAUAAAAAAAUUUUGUAAAAGCUUUCCUAAAAUGGGACGACUUUCUAUCGUA